CUCCUCAUUAAAUAUCAUCCUCGUUCCAAAUCGCGACUUAGGAGAGGAACAAGAAUGGCAGCAAUAAGUGGUGUGAGCCUUUCACUUGUGCCCAGGGCAUCAGACUUGUUGCAAAACUCACACACCGUCAAGUUCCCGCUGCUGCUCAACCAAAGGUGCCUGGCCAGGAUCGGGUCGGGUCGAAUUCUUAGGUCUGCUCGACCUGUGCGUGCUGCUCCGGAAAGUAUAUCCGACAAGGUUGAAGAAAGCAUAAAGAACGCGGAGGAGGCAUGCUCCGGUGACCCAGCUGGCGGUGAGUGUGCGGCGGCAUGGGACGAGGUGGAGGAGCUGAGCGCGGCGGCCAGCCAUGCGAGGGACAAUAAGAAAGAGUCCGACCCGCUCGAGAACUACUGCAAGGACAACCCGGAGACCGAUGAGUGCCGCACUUACGAUAAUUGAUAGCGAAAAUUGUGGGUGGCGAUCAUAUUAUGUCUCUGUUGCGUUAUACGAGCACACCGCUAUUACUUAAUUUUUAUUUAAUUGUGAA